GUCACUGUUGACCGUGGUUUAGUGCGAGGCAAGAGUGGAGGCAUGGAUGGAUAGACCUCCUUUCUUUUUCAGCCUUUGUUAAGGAAGACUGGAAAGAUGAAGAGCUGGUGGACGAGUAGUUGAUCAGAAGAUGCUGGACCAUCGUCAUAUAUUGAAUGAAACUCAUUUGCCUUGGAUGCUAUUUCCUGGAAGCUCUUACCUGAUGCCCCAAAUCAUAUUUUGCACCCUCCAUAUUGCACUAAAUCAUGAUGGAUUUCUUCUUCCACCGCCAUUUCGGCCAUCGCCGAAAAAGACAGAAGUAUCCUGCAGUGCGUCAACCUGGUCCUGCUGUUCAGGCCAGUAAAGCCAGGAGGCGCUCUAGUGUAGGCCUGCCCUCUGUAGCAUUAGCCCAGUCGAGACGCCCCUCCACUGCUUUAACUCCAGUUUGCAGUGACCAGCGCAGACGGCCCAGUGUUGGCUUGUUGGUGGCCAGUGGACAGAGGCUGGGAUUGGCACACUCCAGUGAGGCAGCAGAAGAACUGGGAAGAGAAGGGAGGAGAGAAGAUGGAGCCAUCAAGAGAGGAAGAAGAAGGGCCUUUCAGCACAAACCUCACCACGCUCGUCGUUCCUCUGGCAGCGUUUCCUGUGUACAACACGGGUUGCCUGUGCGAUGUCGACAUUCUUCUAAAAUAAAAUCCAUUGAGCCUCACUUACUUGGAUCGUCUAUGUUACUUGCGAGUUUGGUCCAGAUGGGAAAAGGACUGACAGAUGAGGAAGAGGAGGAGCCAGACGUUUCCCUGUGUUCCUGUUCUGAGUCAGAUGUAGACGAAGGGACUGAUGAAGAAGUGGAGAGCAGAACCACAGCAAUGAAAGGUGCCAACAUUAGGCCUACACCUCAAAUGCACCUAACCCAGGCAGCCAUUGCGAAAAAAAAGAAAAAACGUCCUUUACUUCGCCCUCCUCGCUGUCUAAGACGAAACUCCACCCACCUCCUUCCUGCAGACACUGUGCUUCAGAGCAGUGAGACAGCAUAUGGAGUUUAUGGCCGAUAUAAUCGUCUAAAUUCAAGUCAGCUUCACCAGACUUCAGAUCAUCCCAUCCCAACUUCCAUGACCAGCCCCAACCUGGGUCAGCUGUCUUCAGCGAGUCUGAGCUCCGAUUCCGGAGCAUCUGAAACACAUGGGACUGCCACUGGGUCAACAACACUGCAAAAAAGCUGCUCUUCACCUCUCGGGCCACACGAGGGAACCAUAUACUACGACCCUUAUCUGGACACAUGGGAGAACUUCCUCUCGAAAGCGAUCCUCAAGUCCGGCCUGCCCCCACUGCCCUGUCAACCCAGCACAUCGUCUCUGAACAGGACCGACCCAGAAGCAACUAUACGUAGCACUGUGGACUGGACUGAUUCGGCUGUGUAUGGAGAUCAUAUCUGGUUUGAGACAAAUGCAUCUGGAGAUUACUGCUAUGUGGGAGAACAACACUGCAUAGCCAGAGCUCUGCAAAAGUCGGUCAGUCGAAGGAAGUGUGCCGCUUGCAAGAUAGUUGCCCACACCAUCUGUAUAGAACAACUGGAGAAGUUUCCCAGUUCUCAGGCCAUCCUGUUGGAGGCCACGCUGCCACUCAGUGACCCCUACUUUAGAAUCAAUUUCCGGUGUAAACCUUCUUUCAGAGAGUCAGGCUCGAGGAACAUUCGGGAGCCUAUCGUGGUGCGUCAUCACUGGGUGCAUCGGAGACGGCAAGAUGGAAAAUGUAGACAGUGUGGAAAGGGCUUCCAGCAGAAGUUUAGUUUCCACAGUAAAGAGAUUGUUGCCAUCAGCUGCUCCUGGUGCAAACAGGCUUAUCACAACAAGGUUUCCUGCUUCAUGCUGCAGCAAAUUGAGGAGGCGUGUCCUAUAGGACCUCAUGCCGCCCUCAUAGUCCCGCCCACAUGGAUCAUUCGAAUCAGACGUCAUCAGUCAUCUAUGAAGUCAAGUAAGAAGAAGAAGAGAACGUCGUUUAAGAGGAAAAGCAGCAAGAAAGGAGCAGAGGAGGGACGACAAUGGAGGCCGUUUAUAAUCCGACCCAUCCCUUCACCUCUGAUGAAGCCUCUACUAGUGUUUGUCAACCCCAAAAGUGGAGGAAACCAGGGAACCAAGAUCCUGCAGUCGUUCAUGUGGUAUCUGAACCCUAGACAGGUGUUUGACCUGAGCCAAGGAGGACCAAAGGAGGGCCUGGAGCUAUAUCGUAAAGUCCACAACCUGAGGAUCCUGGCAUGUGGAGGAGAUGGCACUGUGGGCUGGAUUCUAUCUUGUCUCGAUGAGUUGGCGUUAAACCCUCAACCUCCUGUUGCUGUGUUACCACUGGGGACAGGAAAUGACCUCGCCAGGACCCUCAACUGGGGAGGGGGCUAUACUGAUGAACCUCUGUCUAAAAUCCUGUCUCAUGUUGAGGAAGGCACUGUGGUCCAGCUCGACAGAUGGAAUCUGCAGGUUGAACCAAACCUCAGUGCAGGGGCGGAACUGGACGAGCAGCAAACUGAUAAGCUUCCUCUAGAUGUUUUCAACAAUUACUUCAGUCUUGGAUUUGAUGCCCAUGUGACCUUGGAGUUCCAUGAAUCUCGAGAGGCCAACCCAGAGAAGUUUAACAGUCGGUUUAGAAAUAAGAUGUUCUAUGCUGGGACAGCCUUCUCAGAUUUCUUGAUGGGAAGCUCCAAAGACCUGUCUAAGCACAUCAAAGUGGUGUGUGAUGGGACAGAUUUAACUUCGAAGGUUCAGGACUUGAAGCUGCAGUGUCUGGUCUUCCUCAACAUCCCCAGGUACUGUGCGGGCACUACACCUUGGGGUAAUCCCAGCGAGCACCAUGACUUUGAACCUCAACGCCACGAUGAUGGAUACAUCGAGGUCAUUGGAUUCACUAUGACUUCUUUGGCUACUCUCCAGGUCGGAGGUCAUGGCGAGCGGUUGAACCAGUGUCGAGAAGUCACCCUCACCACCACUAAGCCUCUCCCAGUCCAGGUGGACGGUGAACCUUGUAGACUUGCUCCCUCUGUCAUCCAAAUCAGCCUCAGAAACCAGGCCAACAUGGUUCAGAAAACCAAACGACGGACCUCACUACCACACCUCAACGAUCAGCAGCCAGUCCCAGAGAGACUGAGGAUCCGAGUGAGCAGGAUCAGUAUGACUGAUUAUGAGGCUCUGCACUACGACAAGGACAAACUGCGGCAAGCAUCGAUUCCUCUGGGCCUGAUUGUGGUUCCUGGCGACAGUGACUUGGAGACCUGCCGAGAACACAUCCAGCGUCUGCAGGAGGAGGAGGCCAGCAAGCCAAAGAUUCUCUCCACACAGAGAUUGUCUCCAAAAUGGUGUUUCCUUGACUCUACAACAGCAGAUCGUUUCUAUAGGAUAGACAGAGCACAGGAACAUCUCAACUACGUAUCAGAAAUCUCCCAGGAAGAACUCUUCAUCCUGGACCCUGAGCUGAUCGUUUCAAUGACAGUGGGCACCUCCCCCUCACCCAGUGUUGAUGUGGCCAACCCUGACUCCAGCCAUGAAAACAGCAAGGAAGAGCCUUCUAAUCAGACUCCAGACACCUUUGUUUAUCCUGUUGCGUCUUCCUCCUCUUCAUCCUCUAUUCUCAGUUCUUCUCAGAGGCAGCGAGUGAACAGUGACAGCUCUGCAACCGAGGCCAUGACACAAGACAUACCACCAGUUACCAGCAAGCUCACCAGGGCCGGCUGCAUCCAUCGUUCCAACACUACAUCUGCUGAUUUUAAACCACGACAAAGACUGGAGAAGAGCCAGAAGAUGAGUGAAAUCGGCAGAGAGAAGGAAAAAGAGACGUUGAUCGAGUGUGUGAAGAACAAGGAUCUGGAGAAACUGCAGGAACUGCACCAGAAGGGGGCGGACCUCAUGGUGCUGGACCAAUCGGACUGCAGUUUGUUGCACCACGCCGUCAGCACUGGAAGCAAAGAGAUGGUCCGCUACAUUCUGGACAAUGCUCCAAAUGACCUGCUUGACAUCACAGAGAAAGAACACGGUGAGACGGUCCUCCAUCGCGCUGCCUCCCUGUGUCACAGGACAAUAUGUCACUACCUGGUAGAAGCAGGAGCCUCGUUGAUGAAAACAGACCUCCAGGGCGACACACCUAAGAACAGAGCGGAGAAGGCUCAGGAUGCUGAACUGGCCGCCUACCUGGAGAACAGACAGCACUACCAGAUGAUUCAGAGAGAAGACCAGGAAACAGCUGUUUGAAACUGUGGGACUCUCCACGAGCAGGACACAGAUGAAGAAGCUACCGUCUUCUUCCUCGUGACAGCAGGUCAUUGGCGCCACUGUGACGGGAGGAUUCCUGACAUAUGUCGUUCCUGGAAAACACAGCGUGCAGGCGGAGAGGGAAGCUGGACCAACAUGUGUUUUUAUCAUGGCAGUGAUCAGAGUGAGUGAUGGAGGACGGUAUACGCUGAGUCAUUCCUCUUUAUUUUUCAGAAGCUCAGUGAUUUAAAAAAAAAAAAAAUAAAUAGAGUGUUUGAAGUCCAGAAAGUAGAAGCUGCUAUCUGACGUUUGUACAGAGUUAACUUGAACACCUCGUUCUUUGAUUCUCUUUCAUCUCAAACUAAAGCCAUCAUCUGCCAUAAUAUCAAUGACACUGCCAUGUUUGUGUGGAUCAAUUGUCUCAGUAUUAGAUAUGAAGUUUAGUUUAGCAGGCGUCAGUGUAAAUGUUGUACUUGGGCCUCACAAGCCUGGACAAGGUGAACAGGCCUUACUCUGCGAAUGUAACUUUUUGUUAACGGGAUUAUGACAUGAGCUGUGUGUGUGUGUGUAGCGUUGCAGAAGAUGGCUGGAGUAAAGUCCACUGAACGUCCAGCAGAGAAAGGUAGAAAUCUUAGCCCAGUGACGAAAGAAACCGUCAUUUUCAGGGGACCCUGAAUUCCCACAGCAUCGGUUCAUGUAAAUCUGACCAUUUUUCUGCUUAUUGAAUUACUUGGUAAUGGACCAAAGGACAGUUAAAUUAAAUUUUGAGUUCAAGUCAUCUUGAAACUAUGUAAAAACGUGGGGAAUUCUCCAAAGAUUGUGUAGAUUGGCUGUAUGAAUGAAUGCAAAGGUCUGCAGAUAUUAUCCUCAAAUUCUCCUGACAUCCGUAAUCCGUAGCGAGUAAGGCUACGUGGAGAUUAACAGGCAGGAGUGACAGAUUGUUUCCAGAGCACAUUUUUCCCCGGGCUGUGUGUACACACAAAUACGAUCCCAACAUUCAGAUUUUCAAGUCAGCGCUACAUAACAGAGAACAAUCAUGUGAGAAUCUCUGCGGCUUACACGCAUGUGCUGAGUGUUGUUCACUGAAUCAUUGAAGGUACAUCUUAUCUGAAAUAUCUCCUGCUUUAAUGUUAAGCGGUCUGACACGUUUGUUGCAUGUUUAAAUGGACAUUCAUGUUCACUGUCCUGUAAUCAAUCAGAUUUGAUUCAGAUUUGAACGAUGUAGCUUGUAAUUUGAACGUGGCCUCCUGCUUGCUCAAGCCAGGCUUCACCCACUCGUCUGCAUCCUCCUGACUCAGGAAAAUCCCCUGCUGCGUUUACCAAAUCAUGUGUGAAAAUGGCUUUAAAGAAUAUAAUUUGUAUGUGAACUCAGUUAAGUCUCAUGGCAAAGACCAACUGAACGCGCAUUCACAACAAAACCUGGUGAAUCAAAAGGCAUUUGAGUUAUUUAAAUCAAGCCGUUGUCACACUUGACGAUGUACGUCAUUAGCUCUGGCGUUAGCUUCAGGCUAGUAGCUGCUGGUUUAAAGCUCUUUGUCUUUAAACAUAAAUAACGACAAAGUUAACAGAUGAAGGCAACUCAAACAAAGUCACCCGUGAAGGUAACUCUCCAGUGUCUCCACCACUUCUUCUGUAAACGUAAUCACCAAGAGAAACACAGGCAUCAAUGACGAUGAUCUUCUUCUUCUUUCAUUAUUAUUUGAGAGCCUGGUGUGUCUACAUGGGAUUUUCUGCUGCAGCUUAAUGUCAGACACACAUUCCAUUAAAGAAUGACAGUUUCUGUAUUUAAAAAAAAAAAUAUAUGUAUAUAUAUGUAUAUAUAUAUACACAUAUACGCAUAUAUAUCUUUGAAAAAGAAUGUUUCAUCAUUCCACAAAAAAAUAAAUGCUAGUCAGUGGCAGUUUACGGUCAUUUAAACAGGUUGUCCAGCUGAGAUGUGAGAAGGAAAGCAGCAGCAGCUGCAGCAGCAGCAGCUGAGAAUGAGGACGUGCCCACAUCUGUGAUGAAAAGCAAACAGUGUGUGGUGAGUGAACAGACCUCCAAAAAAAAAAUCAUAUAGAAGUUGAUUUUUGUCUAAAGUUUGUACUGUACAUAUUUCCAGAACAGAGCGGCGUUUGCUGAACGUUUGGUAAACCAAAAUGAAGUUCACUGACUCUUCUUCUCUUGUUUUGUUUUUGCCUCUGGGUUUUAACAUUUGAGCGGUGUUGGUGUUUCCAGAUUAGUUUCACACUGACGGUAAACUCUUGCAUGUUGUGCAUUGAAUUUUUAAUUUACACUGUGGCCAAUUUAAUCUUAAUCCUGUUAUCUUCUUGUUAUUGGUGUAAAAAUAAAUGGUUUUAAUCUUC